AUGCUUCUCCUCGUGUGCGACACUUGCGUCUCGUCCGUGCUUGGCGUGGAGGGGAGGGGGAUUGGAGGACCGGAAGUAGCAGGGUUCUCGACGCCGACGCCGGUGGCGCCGACACCGGAGCGGGAACCGCGCGGAGACGACAGCACAGGCGGCGGCAGUGGCCGUUCCGCUUCUGAAGUGGGGUCGCACCUGCCAUCACCACCACCAACGACGACGAAAGCAAUGACGCCAGCAAUGCCAAGACUCAGGGAGUCUACGGCGACACCUGCAGCGGGCACAACGGCAGUGCUCCCUUCCGUAGCGGGCGGGAGGAGGGAGAGUCGGGAGCAACGGGGAGAGCUAGCGGGGGAAACUGAGACCGUCGGCGGCUCGGGAGUCCGAAAGGGGCGAGGAGCAACAGCUGCAGCGGCGGCGGUACCUGGAUUGCUGUGCUCGGCGUGCCAUCUCAAAGAGUCGUUAGGGCAGCAAUCUUUACCAUAG